AGUAUAUACACGUAUCCCAUGUAAGAUCCACUGUCUGUCAACACAGAUAUAAAAUGAAACAAUGAUUAGGAAUUAGCUCUACGGCACAUCCACAAGUAAUAUAACUUUCUAAACGAGAGAACGCAGCGAUAAAUAGCCCAUACGGUAUCUUCUAUCGAUCGCGAACGCGGCCCCGCGUUGUCCUUGCCAUAUUCCAUGAUUCCACAUGACGAAUACAAAUACCAAGCUUAUUGCAAUACCCAGAAGUAAGAAAUACAUGGCGCUCCCCUAACCCCCUCCCAAAUUUUUCAAGCAGCUGAAAAAUGCUCCUUUUGAUUGAGGAAAAGGGCCCCUAUUUACUUCUAAAAUGCCCUUUCUCACGUGUGAUAAGUGCCCCCUUCAAUUUGUUAUAUUGAGUGCCUUUCCCCUUCUAAUAAGUGCCAUUUUAAUUUGAGAAGUGCCCCUUCUUAUAUUCCCCUUUCCCAUCAGUAUUAUUUAACAUUUUGAUCAUCGAACUUCAUGCCUAUCACCAUCUAAUAUGAAGCCUUUUCCAUUUCUUGUAUUCACAUGUACAGGACAAAGAUCUCAUACGAGGCGUGAUUCUUGUUUUCCUGACAUGUGUAUCCCUCGCCUCUCUCGUUUCUUCGAAUGAAAAGACGGGCACUCGUUGUUCGGACGGAUUACGGCUGAACUACACCUUACCAAUGUUCAACGAAUGUAAGAUGAAACUGCAUCCUAAUGGCAGCAUGGUACGGACCAUUCCAAAGCUCAUCCCAUACACAUCUGCGGAAGCUGCUUGUCCAAGAAGGAAGAGUAAACUGGGGAUCCCACACGGACACAGAGUGUGCAGAUUUCCUGAUUGUGGCAAAAAUAUCUGUGGAAACGGCUGGUGUGAGGAGACUAUGAAAAACUACAAAUGCCACUGCUCUGCCGGAAAUCGAGGGAAACGUUGCAAUAAAGAAUCAAAUACAACACAAGACACCACAACGAUGUCUACGACGGAAUCCACCACCUCACAUCCUACCACAACUACUCAAUCAACUACUACACAAGACACCACAACUCUACCUACGGCGGGGUCAACCACCUCACAUCAUAUCACAACUACUCAUGACAUUGAGGGAGAAAUCCGGCUGGUUGACGGUUACACCUCAGAUCAAGGCAGGGUUGAGAUCUUCCAUGAAGGUCAAUGGGGGACAGUCUGUGAUGACGGUUGGGAUGACUCUGAUGCGAGGGUAGUUUGUCGACAACUUGGAUACUCAGGCAAUGUUGGUGUAGCCAGGAGUCGUGCAACAUACGGACAUGGAUCUGGCCCGAUAUACCUUGAUAGUGUCCGCUGUUCGGGAAAUGAAGCCAGGUUGACUGAUUGCAGUAAUGGCGGAUGGGGCAACCACAACUGCGAUCAUUCCGAAGAUGCUGGAGUUUACUGUGGAGAUGAAAUACAGGUAGAAAUCCGGCUGGUUGACGGUGACAGUUCAGAUGAAGGCAGGGUUGAGAUCAGCUUCCAUGAAGGUCAAUGGGGGACAGUCUGUGAUGACGGUUGGGAUGACUCUGAUGCGAGGGUAGUUUGUCGACAACUUGGAUACUCAGGCAAUGUUGGGGUAGCCAGGUCUGGUGCUGCAUACGGACGAGGAUCUGAACCGAUAUACCUUGAUGAUAUCGACUGUUCUGGAAAUGAAUCGAGGUUGACUGAUUGCAGUAAUCGCGGAUGGGGCAACCACAACUGCGAUCAUUUUAAAGAUGCUGGAGUUUACUGUGGAGAUGAAAUGGAGGGACAAAUCCGGCUGGUUGACGGUAACGGUUCAUAUCAAGGCAGGGUUGAGAUCUUCCAUGAAGGUCAAUGGGGGACAGUCUGUGAUGACGGUUGGGAUGACUCUGAUGCGAGGGUAGUUUGUCGACAGUUUGGAUACUCACGCAAUGUUGGUGUAGCCUGGCAUUGUGGUACAUACGGACGAGGUUCUGGCCCGAUAUACCUUGCUGAUGUCGGCUGUUCGGGAUCUGAAGCCAGGUUGACUGAAUGUAGUAAUAGCGGAUGGAUCAACCACGCCUGCUCUCAUGCUGAAGAUGCUGGAGUUUACUGCGGAGAUGAAAUAGAGCUAGAAAUCCGGCUGGUUGACGGUAAUAGUUCAGAUGAAGGCAGGGUUGAGAUCAGCUUCCAUGAAGGUCAAUGGGGGACAGUCUGUGAUGGCGGAUUGGAUGACCGUGGCGCGAGGGUAGUUUGUCGACAGCUUGGAUACUCAGGCAAUGUUGGUGUAGCAAGGUAUGGUGCUGCAUACGGACGAGGAUCUGGCCCGAUAUAUUAUUUCUACUGUUCGGGAAAUGAAGCCAGGUUGACUGAUUGCAGUAAUGCCGGAUGGGGCUGCCACAACUGCGAUCAUUCUCGAGAUGCUGGAGUUUACUGCUUGAUCUGAGUUAUAUGAUCCACCGGUGGCGUACGCAGGAUUUUUUCAUGGAGGGUGUUUGAAAAUUUGGAAAUCGCGCCG